AUGGUUCACUGUGCCGGCUGCGAAAGACCUAUUCUGGACAGGUUUCUACUCAAUGUUCUGGACAGACCAUGGCACAUCAAGUGCGUACAGUGCUGUGACUGUAAAUGCAAUUUGACAGAAAAAUGUUUUUCACGGGAAGGGAGACUGUACUGCAAAAACGACUUUUUUAGGAGAUUUGGCACAAAGUGUGGAGGUUGCGCCCAGGGAAUCUCGCCCAACGAUUUGGUUCGAAGAGCAAAGAGCAAAGUGUUUCACCUGAACUGUUUCACGUGCAUGAUGUGUAACAAACAGCUAUCUACUGGAGAGGAAAUGUACAUUCUAGAUGAAUUUAAGUUUGUUUGUAAAGAGGACUACCUAAGCAACAGCAACGGAAAGAACACAACCCUCCUCUCAGUCACGACCUGCAGUGACCCAAGUCUAUCUCCAGAUUCCCAAGACCCACAGGAUGAUGGUAAAGAUUCGGAAAUCGGGCCUUUAUCUGAUAAAGAGGUGGGUAGCAAUGAAAACGAUGAGCAGAACGUAGGGGGGAAACGACGUGGGCCUCGAACAACUAUAAAAGCCAAGCAACUUGAGGUCCUCAAAGCUGCUUUCACGGCCACGCCAAAACCCACAAGACACAUUCGAGAACAGCUGGCGCAGGAGACAGGUCUCAACAUGAGAGUGAUCCAGGUUUGGUUCCAAAAUCGGCGGUCUAAAGAGCGGCGCAUGAAGCAGCUGAGUGCACUGGGGGCGAGAAGGCACUCGUUCUUCCGCAGUCCAAGGAGAAUGAGAACUCUGGUGGACCGACUCGAACCCGGGGAGCUGAUCCCCAACGGCCAUUUCUCAUACUAUGGUGAUUAUCAGAGUGAAUACUAUGGACCUGGAGGAAAUUUUGAGUACUACACCCAAGGCCCCCCCUUGUUGCAGGCCCAGACCCCAGUGGACCUAGGCUUCUCCUCUGGCCCCGCUGGCACCCCUUUAGGGGGCAUGGACCAUCACCUGGCUGGGCACCACCCAUCUGGUGAGGUGCAGUGCUUCACUGACAUCAUAUCUCACCAUCCAGCGGACUCGCCUAGCCCCGAGCCCAACGGACCCGGGUCAAUGCACAGCAUCUCCAGUGAGAUGUGUGGCGUCAGCACACCCUUCACCUCACUGUCCAUCAACGGCAGUGGAUACAGCAACCAAUUGUCACACCCCUCCUCAGAGAUGAGCGAAGGCACUGUCUGGUAG